AUGGCGGAAGAGCAGCAGGAAUCAUCACAGAAAGAGAUGGAGGGAGUGAACUGCCUCGCGUAUGACGAGGCCAUCAUUGCACAGCAGGAUAGAAUUCAACAGGAGAUAGCCAACAGUAACCCGUUAGUGUCGGAAAGAAAGGAACUGACCGUGCUGCAGAGGGAGUACUCUGAGGAUGACACGGUUUAUCAGCUUAAGAUCAAGGACUUGUACAAAAAAUACUCAUACAUCCGUAAGACCAGACCGGACGGAAAUUGUUUCUACAGAGCCUUUGGCUUUGCGCAUCUCGAGUCUCUACUAGAUGACAGCAAAGAACUGCAAAAGUUCAAAGCCGUGGCCGCUAAAAGCAAACUGGAUCUGGUGAAUGAGGGAUUCACCGAGUUCACCAUCGAAGACUUCCAUCACACUUUCAUGGACCUGAUCGACCUGUGUGAAAAGCAGCACAGCUUGAAGGAGCUGCUGAGAUCCUUCAACGACCAGAACGUGUCGGACUACGUGGUGGUGUAUUUGCGACUGCUCACCUCGGGCUACCUGCAGCGGAAUCACGGUUUCUUUGAGCACUUCAUCGAGGGAGGGCGCUCCGUCAAGGAGUUUUGUCAGCAGGAGGUGGAGCCCAUGUCCAGGGAAAGCGACCACAUUCACAUCAUCGCCUUAGCCCAGGCCCUGAACUUAUCCAUCCAUGUGGAGUACAUGGAUAGAGGAGAGGGAGGAACUGUCAAUCAUCACAUCUUCCCCGAAGGCGGCGACCCACGCAUCUUCCUUCUCUACAGACCGGGCCAUUACGACAUCCUGUACAAAUAG